AUGCAUCUCAGCAGGUUCGGACUGCUCGCCCUGGGCGCAGCGACAGCCGAUGCCUUCCGAGACACAUCGCCCUUUUUCCUAGCUUCAACCUCCGAAGUCCUAGCGAACUCGGCGUACAUCAAGUCCGGCGCAUCGCUCCUUGACACCCUUUCCACAUCGCUCAGCUCUUGUCCCUCCGACUACUAUGUCGUCGUCAACCAACCCGGCGUACACAGUUCGGACUUCUCAACUCGCAAGUCGGCGCCCCGCCUCGGCGCGAAGAUGCUGGGCAAGGAUAAGGCGAUUCGGUCGAAGAUGACGGUGAACGAGGUAGCGGGUUUGUUGGAAGCUAAGGAUGUGAGCGAAUUCUUGGAGACGAAGUGCAAGGCGAAGAUGACCGCCAUCGAUGGGUCCUCUGGAUCAUAUCCUUCGUCAUUUGAACAGGGUCCUCGCAUCAUCUCCGUCGAUUUCCCGAUGCUCUCGCUGGGCUCCGACCGCGCCCAGCAGCUCUCCGACAACGUACACCAUCCUCUAUGUCACCUCCCCCGGGAGUUCCCCGAAUCCGACUCUGUCGUGUAUGACUCUGGCGAGGGGUCCUAUCAGGACGCCCUCCACAUGGAUCUGAAACGCGACUACUCGUCCUGGUCUUCCAACGCCGACUCAUCUGAUGAUUCCGGCUCCCGGGGCCUCUUCGAAAAAUACCAGUACUUCACGCCCGGCAUUUUCAUGGGCUUCAUGGCGUCCUUUCUGUGUCUUAUUAUUCUCUACAUCGGCGUCAGUGCCCUCAGCAGCCUGCAGGUGCCGUAUGCUGCGUUUGAAAAGGACACAUCCAGUUCGGUGCAGAAGAAGCAGCAGUGA